CAUCGGACUUUUAACUUUAGUAAUACAUUUACCGGCGUCUAAAGAACAGUAGCUCCUUUCUUAUCAUUUGCGGUGUAUCUAAAACUUCGUUAAAUUUUAUUACUUCUACGUUUAAUAAUUUCAUCAAUUAGAAAUAUAUUUGAUGAGAGUUAAUUUAUAUUUAUAACAAUUUUUUAUUUAAAAAAAAAAAAAGUGAUAUUAUAUAAUACAUGCACGCAUAUAUAUUGUGAAGAAUGUGGUUAAUAAUAAUACUGAUGAUAACAUUCGAAUCGCGAAUGAUGUUCUCACGCGCUUCCGCAAAAGAUAACGAAACAUUAGAUUGUCAUCGAAUUAAUUUGAAUAUUGAAUUAUCUGAAUGCCAUUUGAAAGAGAUUGGACAUCGACUUACAUGUUUUGCUGGUAUUGACGACAAAUGGAAAACGGAAAAUGAAACAGUAGAAAAUCUUGUUCUAUGCAAUUGGCCAAAUACAACUUUCGAUCCUCAAGAAGCCUUGCAAGGAUUUCCAUUGUUACGAAAAUUUAAAAUAGCGAACAGUAAUUUGACGAGAUUGAUGACACCUUUCCCCGAGGAUUGUCAAUUUCUUGAAAAAGUUAAUCUAACUCAUAACAAAUUGGAACUACUGCCUGUGGAUGUCUUUGCAAAUCUUUCGAAUUUAAGGAUUGUCGAUUUGAGAUACAAUUAUUUGAAGGAGAUCGAUCUCAAAGGAUUUAAUGUACCGACGUUGAGCCAAGUUUAUCUUUUUGGUAAUCCUUUGAAAUGCACCGAAAAUAUCUCCUGGAUUCUCGAUCUGAGAAAUGGAUCUUUCGCUGAGAAAAUUGUUGAUCGAGAAAAGUUACGUUGCUCUGUUCCAUACAACGGAAGACCACUCGUACCAGUUGUAGAAAUUAUUAUGACAUUGAAAGAUGAAUGCAAGAGAACAUUAUGCGACUGCGAAUUGGUUUAUGUAGUUGGACGAGGUGGUAAAAGGACAUUAAAACAAUUAAUGGCCUUUGCUUCAGUUAAUUGUAGUUAUCGUAAUUUAAACGAAUUGCCAGAAUUUUUACCAGCCAAUACGACUACUCUACAUUUGAAUGGAAACAAGAUAAAGGAUUUGACACCUCUAGUGAAAAAUCCAGUCUACAAACAAGUUUUGGAUCUUUAUCUAGAUGACAAUUUAGUCGAGUCCAUUGUACAAUUGGAUGGUUCCUAUUGGCUCGAUCAUUUUCGCCUUUUCAGUUUACGUGGAAAUAAACUCUCAGACGUGCCAACUUAUGCAUUGGAGAAUGUUUUGCUUCAAAGUGGUAGUGUAGCAAGAUUAUAUCUUGGUAAUAAUCCGUGGAGAUGCGAUUGUCUUUUCACUCCUGGAUUUCAGGAUCUAUUGAUUAGGUAUACAAAUUUAGUUCGAGAUAUAAACGAGGUCAAGUGUGCAGCUGUCAGAGGCGAUGAGAAUUCAAACAAACAGGUAACUUAUUUGUUUAUUUAUCUAAUUUAUCGAAAUAUUUUAUUUAGUCAAGAAAAUGUCAUUGUUUUCUUCUAUUCUUUUUUUUCUUCUUUUUUUUUUUCCUUUUUUGCUUCGCAGAUUCGUGACUUGACUCGAACAGAAAUUUGUAUUUCAUCGGACGAAAACUCUUUGAUUUAUCCAUUAGACAUUUUAAAUAUUAUAUUGGCAUUCCUGAUAUUUUUAAUUAUUGGCAAACUUUUGUACGAUUAUUGGUCGUUCAAAAAAACUGGAAAAUUACCCUGGAUAGUAUCUAAAAUACCAUGAAAAUUGUGUCGAGAACAGUUCUUUAUAUUUUUUUUUCGUUAUUAUCGAAAUUUUUUUUUCAUUUCUUAAUCCUUAAAUUUGUUUCUUAUAUCUCGUUAUCGGAAUAUUUUUGAUAAAAUUGUUCAGCGGCAGCCUUUUUCGCAUUAUGACGGCUCACUCCUUCUCCUGCAGUUACACGAAAUUGUUAAUAAUGAAUGAAAAUGUACGAUAUGUAUAUAAUUAUAUAUAUAUAAGAAUAAA